GUGAAGAACAUGCACAAGUUGAAGAGGAAUGCGCUUGCAUUCUGUCAAGUUAAUUUGGAGAUUGCCCAGAAUAUUCGGGAGGAAGGCGAGAAGCUGUCUCAAGACAGUAUUUCUCUGGAUGAUAGUGAAGUAUUUAACCCAGAUUUUCUGAGUCAAAUUGACGACAUAUGCAAGCGUCAUUUGGAAGCGAAAGACAGUGCAAACAAAGUUGAUCCUACAAUUUCACUAUUGGUGAAGCGGCCUGUUGAAUUGGAGUUUGGAAGAAUUGAAAAUGUUCCUGAUUUGGAUUCUGGUGUUCAUGGAGUUGAUUUGAAAGAAGGAAAUGAUGAAAAAGAAGGAGAGGAGGAUGAGAAGAAGAUGAAUGCUGAUGAUGAUCAGCAUAAAGAAGAUGAUGAUGAUGAUGAUGAUGAUGGUGAUGAUAAGGAUCACCAGAAUCAUAAUGAGAGAAAGGAUGAUGAUGCUGAUGAUAAUGGUGAUCCUGGUCUUCAAGGAGAUGAAGACAAAGGAGUAGAUAAGGAUGCUGAUCUUCAUGUAGAUGAAGACAAAGGAGGAGAUAAUGGUGAUCCUGGUCUUCAAGGAGAUGAAGACAAAGUAGGAGAUAAGGAUGCUGGUCUUCAUGGAGAUGGAGAGGAAGAUAAUGAGAAAGAACCGAAGGAAGAUGGUAAGAAGAAGACUGGCAAUGCUGAUGAUGAUUGUGGUCUUCAAGGAGAUAAAGAGGAAGGAAGAAAUAAGGAGUUGGAUGCUGGGGUUUAUACAGAAGGAGAGAAAGGAGGAAAUUUUGAGAAAGAACAACCAAAGGAAGCUGAUAGGAAGAGGAGGAAUGCUGAUGAUGAUCAAGUCAAAGGGGCUAAGGAUAAGGAUAAGUGUAAAAUUUCUACACACGUCCCUACUCGCACCGCUGCUGGUAUUGAUAUUGUUGAUCUUCGUACUCCAACUCCUCCUCCUCCUCCUCCUCCUGUUGUUGAAGCAGUUGAGAAUGUAUAUAGCAGAAAGUCUUGGAGAGUUGAUUCUUCUGCUAAAAAGAAAAACAUUGCUGAUUUCGAUGCCCCUUCAUUCCAACUAUUAACUCUAGUCCUGUUGUUGAGGAUCUUCCAUACAGUGAAAAAGUGGAGAGUGGUGUUGGAAGUCAAUUCCAAUCAUCAUCCAGUAAAUGUAAAUAUCCUCGAAGAAGUUGGGAAAGUUGUGAGGGUUAAGGAACCAGGUGAUGAUUAUGACGAUGAAGGUUUGGAGGACCUGAUUGAUAGGAUUGCUGAUCAUGGAGUUGAAUCAUCAUCUGACAAGGCUAAAAAAAGAAGAGAUAAUAAGAAGCUGGUGUUGUUUCAUCUUCUACGCCUGGUUUGCAUGCUGUUCCUGUCAACAACCAUGGCAUAA